AUGGCAUUUGGAGUUGAAAUGAAUUUACCCUUUGAUGUCAAUGCUAUCCCCAAAGACAAACCCCUAGGAAACAAUGCAAAUUCUCAGAUGCAAGAUUUAAUUCAAAACAUCAAAAUUACUCAACAAAUUGCCUCUGAAAACAUAAAAAAGAGCCAAGAGAAAUCUAAAGAGAGAUUUGAUCAACAUUCGAAAAUUCCUGAUUUUAAACUCUUUGACAAAGUGUUACUCAAGGUUCACAAAGUUCCAACCAAAGAACUCUGCGUCACAAUGGAUGUAGAAGACAAUCCGUCUUCGCUUUUAGAAUCGGAAUCUGACAAUUCUAGUCCCCAGGAUCGGCCGGUAUGGAAUCGAAAAAUAGAAUACCUUUUAUCUUUAUUUGGUUACAGCGUUGGACUGGGUAAUAUCUGGAGAUUUCCAUAUCUUUGUAUGCGAAACGGAGGAGGUGCUUUCUUGGUCCCUUUCUUUGUCCUGUUAUUUUUCUGUGGAGUUCCUCUUUACUUCUUGGAAGUUUCUCUGGGACAGUUUGCUGGGAAAAGUCCAGUGGUAGUGUGGUCUAUUUCUCCCUUAUUUACAGGACUCGGAUGGCUCAUGAUGAUAAUCUCCUUAGUGGUCUCGUGGUACUACAAUACGGUCAUUGCUUGGGUUAUCUAUUACUUUGUCCAUUCAUUCUUUCCAAAUAUCCCAUGGGCCACAUGUGAUAACUGGUGGAACACAGAAAAGUGUAUUGUCAGCCUCAAGGAUAGAUCAAGUUUAAACAACUCUCUUCCACUGAUGAACCAGUCUUUGGUAGCAGCUGUUAUUAUAAGUCAAAACGAAUCCCUCUACUCAUCCAACGUGUCCUAUGUCAGUCAGAAUUUGACUUAUAACACUGCAGCGUAUGAAUUCUGGGAGUAUAAUGUCCUUAGGCGUUCUGAAGGCAUAGAGUAUCCUGGUUUGGUUCAAUGGCACCUCGUUUUAGUUCUGUUUGCUUCUUGGCUAUUGACGUUUGUAUGCCUUCUCAAAGGUGUACAUUCAGUUGGAAAGGUUGUGUACGUGACAGUAACUUUUCCAUACAUACUGUUGACAAUUAUUCUCAUCCGUGGCCUGACGCUUGAUGGAGCUAUAGAUGGAGUACUUUUCUAUUUGAAACCAGAUUUUUCCAAAGUUUUAAACUUUCAAGUGUGGGUUGAGGCGGGAAUGCAAGUUUUCUUUUCUCUUGGUCCUGCUUGGGGAGGACUCAUCACAAUGUCAAGUUUCAAUAAGUUUAACAACAAGUGCAUGAAGGAUGCCUGGUAUGGUACGUUGGCUGAUGGUCUGACAAGCUUCUACGCUGGCUUUGUUGUCUUCUCUAUUUUGGGAUUUAUGGCUCACAAUGUCGACAUGACAAUGGAAGAAAUUUCAAAAUCAGCCACAGGACCUGGACUGGUGUUUAUAGCAUACCCAGAAGCCUUAACAAAACUCCCGAUGCCACAUCUGUGGGGGGUCCUGUUUUUCCUCAUGUUGAUUACUGUCGGAGUUGACAGCCAGUUCGGAAUGUUUGAAACUGUUGCUAGUGGGCUAGCGGACAUAUUCCCUAAGCAGUUGAAUUCGAGAAAAGUCCAGACAACGGCCAUUUUGUGUGUCGUUCUCUUUUUGCUGGGAAUUCCUUUCACAACUAAUGGAGGAAUAUUCAUUUUCCAGCUGAUAGACUGGUACGCUUCCACUUUCUGCAUUAUGUUUGGUUCAUUCUUAGAAUGUGUCGUUAUUGCAUGGGUCUAUGGUGCAGAGCGCUUCAGUCGAGACGUAGAGCUGAUGAUAGGAAGACGUGUCCCCCUCCCCAUGAGGAUAAGUUGGUGUAUAGUUACACCAUUAUUUAUGUUGGUGCUAUUUCUGAUGUCAAUGAUUAUGUAUGCCCCACCAAACUCAGCUAGUUAUACGUAUCCAGAAUUCGCCAUUGGAAUCGGUCAGUUUUUCGCCAUACUCCCUCUGUUACCAAUACCAGUACUGAUGAUUUGGCAACUCCUUCGAUCCAAGGGACCAUUCACUAAGAGGAUAAAGACUCUUGCUCGUCCGGAUUCCAGCUGGGGACCUAACAGUAAACGUCACUGGCAGACGUACAAAAUGUAUGAAUAUAAGGGUGGACUAAUAAACAGAAUCAAAGUGAAUCUACUGGGAGAUAAUUAAAAUUAUAAUGUAUUUUAGAAUAUAUUUAUUGCUCUGCAGUCAAGCUGAUGCAAAGGAAAUAUAGAAAUUUUAAUAUUGUGUGGCAUUUUAUAAAUAUUUAUUAAAGCAGCUAUAAUCUUAUUAAUAAAAGAUAACUUUA